AUUCUCUUCCUCUUUUGUUAAGAUUAGCGGGGGAGCUUCUUGCUAAUUGAGCAAUCACUUCCAGUAAACCCUCCUUUGCGUUUCACUUCAAUUUUGUGCCAAUGGAGGCCAGAGACGGCGGCUCAGCGCCCCUGCCGUGCUCCUACGCGCCGCUGCCGGAGGAUGCCGAGGCCGCCGCCACGGUGGGGCGCGUGCGCCGGACUGCUGGCCUGCUCUGUGCCGCCCUGCUGCUGGCGACGGUGGCCGUGCUCCUAGUGGUAGCCGCGCUCGCCGGCGUCAGACUCGCCGGCCAGCUGCCCGCGGGUGGCAUCGUCGUCAUGUCUGGCCACCAGACGACGGUCGACACGGCGCCGAUGAGCGCCAGCAGCCGGGGGCCUGAGUCUGGAGUCUCGGAGAAGACGUCCGGCGCCGGCGCGCGCGGCGGCAUGCUGCGCGCGGACGCCGGCGGCAACGCGUUCCCGUGGAGCAAUGCCAUGCUCCAGUGGCAGCGCACCGGCUUCCACUUCCAGCCCGAGAAGAACUGGAUGAACGACCCCAAUGGUCCGGUGUAUUACAAGGGGUGGUACCACCUCUUCUACCAGUACAACCCGGACGGUGCCAUCUGGGGCAACAAGAUCGCAUGGGGCCACGCCGCCUCCCGCGACCUGCUCCGGUGGCGCCACCUCCCGGUGGCAAUGUCCCCUGACCAAUGGUACGACAUCAAUGGCGUCUGGUCGGGCUCCGCCACCGUCCUCCCCGACGGCCGCAUCGUCAUGCUCUACACCGGCUCCACCAACGCAUCAGUCCAGGUCCAAUGCCUCGCUUUCCCCACCGACCCCUCCGACCCUUUGCUCAUCAACUGGACCAAGUAUGAGAACAACCCGGUGAUGUACCCGCCACCCGGCGUCGGGGACAAGGACUUCAGGGACCCAACCACUGCGUGGUUUGAUGGCUCCGACGACACAUGGCGACUCGUAAUCGGCUCCAAGGAUGAUCACCAUGCCGGUAUGGUGAUGACGUACAAGACGAAGGAUUUCAUCGACUACGAGCUUGUCCCUGGCCUGCUUCACCGUGUACCAGGGACGGGGAUGUGGGAGUGCAUCGACUUGUACCCGGUUGGCGGCGUGAGGGGCAUCGACAUGACGGAGGCAGUGGCCGCGGCGUCCAACAACGGCGGUGGUGAUGUUUUGCACGUGAUGAAGGAGAGCUCCGAUGAUGACCGACACGACUACUACGCGCUGGGAAGGUAUGACGCGGCGAUGAACACAUGGACGCCGCUGGACUCCGAUGCCGAUGUCGGCAUUGGGCUGAGGUACGAUUGGGGAAAGUUCUACGCGUCCAAGACAUUCUACGAUCCAUCAAAGAAGCGACGCGUGCUGUGGGGGUGGGUCGGUGAGACCGACUCCGAGCACGCUGAUGUCGCCAAGGGAUGGGCCUCCCUGCAGUCGAUCCCUCGCACGGUGGUGCUGGACACCAAGACGGGGAGCAACCUCCUGCAGUGGCCGGUGGAGGAGGUGGAGACGCUCCGGACCAACUCCACCAACCUUGGAGGCGUUACCGUCGACCAUGGCUCCGUAUUCCCACUCAACCUUCACCGUGCCACCCAGCUCGACAUCGAGGCCUCAUUUCGUCUUGACCCGGUCGACGUCGCCGCUGCCAAGGAGGCAGAUGUUGGCUACAACUGCAGCACCAGCGGUGGCACGACUGGACGUGGCACACUCGGUCCCUUCGGCCUCCUUGUGCUUGCUGAUGCCAGGCGCCACGGUGGCGACAUGGAGCGGACCGGCGUCUACUUCUACGUCGCCAGAGGCCUCGACGGCGGCCUGCGCACACACUUCUGCCAUGACGAGACGCGCUCAUCUCAUGCCAACGAUAUUGUCAAGAGGGUCGUAGGCAAUAUUGUCCCCGUGCUCGACGGCGAGGAGUUUUCGGUGAGGGUGCUAGUGGACCAUUCCAUUGUUGAGAGCUUUGCAAUGGGCGGGAGGUUGACGGCGACGUCACGGGUGUACCCAACGGAGGCCAUCUAUGCCAACGCUGGGGUCUACCUCUUCAACAACGCCACCAGCGCCCGGGUCAACGUCACGAGGCUCGUCGUCCAUGAGAUGGACUCCUCCUACAAUCAGGCCUACAUGGCCUCACUGUAAAAACAAAAUGCAAAUAUGAUUUUUGUUUAGCAAAAAUAUGAUAGAUAGCACAUUGUAUGUACUGUUUUUAGACCAAGGAAGGUCGCUCUCAUUUGUUCGUUGCAA